UUAGUGAUGUUUCAAUGUAGUGAUGUUUUAAUUUAGUGAUGUUUUAAUGUAGCGAUGUUUUAAUGCAGUGAUGUUUCAAUGUAGUGAUGUUUUAAUGCAGUGAUGUUUAAAUGCAGUGAUGUUUUACUGUAGUGAUGUUUGAAUGUAGUGAUGUUUGAAUGCAGUGAUGUUUAAAUGCAGUGAUGUUUUAAUGCAGUGAUGUUUUAAUGUAGUGAUGUUUUAAUUUCUGGUAAAUUACUGGUUGGUUGCAUUAAUGUGUGUGUCAUGUGACACCUCUCCUGGGUCAGCUCUUGUUCUCCAUCAGAGAAACAAAGACAGACCUACUUCCUUUAAACAAAGAAUCACACCUUCACACCUGUGUGGGCGGAGCUAGUGGGGGACCAGGUGUUUUAUUAACAGCUGUCAGUCUAGAAGGUGAGAUCAGUCCAGCAGGUGAUAUCAGUCAGACAGGUGACUAGAGCACUUCAGACGACAUGUCCAUCUCUAACUUCCUGGUCAUGGUGUUCCUACUUCCUGUCAUCAUGGCGAAGCCCGAGCCUAUGUCUCCUGAUGACUGGGAGGCCCCCCUCCAGGCUCCUGUCCCCCCAAUGAUUCCGCCCAUGGAUGGUCCCGGUAGGAUGUUUUACCCUGAGACGGAGAACAUGACGGAGCCCCCAGGGACCCUGGAGGAAUACUGUGAGAUGCUUCUGCAGGCCCCAGUCCCUCCUGAACAGGUCCCCUGGUUCUGUCAUUGUACCAGCUGUCAGAGCCAGCCAGGGCCAAAAGGAGAGCCGGGGGACCGCGGGCUGCCAGGUUCUCCGGGCAGUCCUGGCAGAAGAGGGAUGACUGGCUUCAGGGGGCCUCCAGGUUUUUUAGGCAGACCAGGGAUCAAAGGACAGAAAGGAGACGAUGGUCAGAAGGGUGAGCGAGGACAGCAGGGCUACACGGGAGAGAAAGGAGGACGAGGAUUCAAAGGUGAUAAAGGUGACCCGGGUCUGCAGGGCCAUCCAGGGGAACAAGGUCCCAAAGGAGAUGAUGGGGUCUGUCCAGAGUCCUGUGAUCCCAGCAGUGUCCUCCCAGGUCCACCUGGUCUGUCUGGUCCUUCAGGACCCAGAGGUCACCCUGGCAGUCCUGGACUGAUGGGGUCUAAGGGAGUGAAGGGGGAUGAAGGGGUGCAGGGGGUCCCAGGAGUCCCUGGAUCAAUGGGGAGGAAAGGAGAACCUGGGCCCCCAGGGGAGUGUAACUGUACUGAAGGGGAAAAGGGGGCUCCAGGAUCAAAGGGGGACCAGGGGAACCAGGGGGACCAGGGUCAGGUAGGGGCUCAAGGUCAGACGGGUCCACAGGGGGACACAGGACCCAUGGGUCUUCAGGGCCCCCCAGGCCCCUGCAUGCCCCUGAUCCAGUCGGCCUUCUCAGCCAAGCUGGAGUCCAGCUACCCAGCCCCUGGUGGACCUGUGGUCUUCUCUGAGGUCCUGUACAACCAUCAGGGGUCCUAUGACCCCCAGUCUGGACUUUACAGCGCCCCCAUCAACGGAACCUAUGUCUUCAGCUUCCACCUGACAGUCUUCGAGCGAGUCCUCAAGGUCGGACUCUUCCACAACUUCAGACCCGUCGUAAUAACCACAGACCCCAAAGUCCUUGGGACCACCUCUCACUCAGUGGUCUUGCACCUGGCCCAGGGAGACCUGGUCUGGAUCCAGGUGAAGGACUCAGUAACUAAUGGGAUGUAUGCGGGCCCUGAAUCCUGCAGCACCUUCUCAGGCUUUCUGCUCCGCCCUGACUCAUGUGACCUGGCCUCUUUGCGGAGUCCUGCCCCCUUUUGGAGCCCCUUUGAGGGGGACUACAGCUGGGACAGCAUGACGGGGACAGCAGGGGGAGGAGCCAAUUAGUAUUAGAUGAUCAAAAACAGCCAGUCAUCAUCGUUAACUGGUUGACUCUGAGGGAUUCUGGGUAACAGCUGUGAGGGAAGUAUGGUCUAAUGCCCUGUCAGACCAUACUGAUGGGGCAUUAAAAAGACCAGAAGGUUUGUGAAGGGGACCAGAUAGCCCUCCUGGACAACAUGCCCAGGGACUGAAGACCCCUACAGUCCAGGACAAGAAGCUCAAAGACAGGGCAUGGAGGCCGGCACUUUUAGAUGUUAAACUCUGAGAGACUAGUUUCACCAUACUCUUUUUAGUCUUUAUUCUAGUUUUUUUGGUUCUCUAUUUUUAUUUUAGGUUUCAUUAAUUCUCUUUAUUAAAUUUUAACUGUUGUAUAAACCGGAAUGUCCUUUGAAUGUUUUUUAUCUUCCUGAAAGAAAGAAAAAAACCUCUGUGGUUGUCCAUCAGUCUGCUGUGGAGAACCUCAGGAUUUAGAUCUGUCGUGUAAAGGUGGUUGUUGGUCAGAAAUCAGUAGAAUAAAUUCUAGGUUGUGUUUUUAAAUAGGUCCAUUAUUUCUGUGAUCCGCUCAAACUGACCGAUGAUGAUGAUGACGACUGUCUCUAA